AUGCCGAUGCGAAUCAAAGUUCUGUCUCUGAACGAUUCGGAGGAUUUGCAGUCACAGGAUGGCUCGCGACCAACGACCCAAAUGGUAUGCGAUGACGUCGUACUACUCUGGAAGGAGGAACCUGGUUUGGAAUACUGUCACAUGGGAGAGCUCUUUGAGAGAGUCUCGCAACGGCAUCCUGAAUGGGAGCUGACGAAGGAGGGACUGGAGGAACUUUUGGCUGAUCAAAAUCUCCGCGUGUUCAAUGAGGAAGAUAUUGACGUAUACGGCGAGGAAAUAGAAACACCCUCGCUUGAUUCCAUUCGGUUAGAUGACAAAAAUGCUCUUGGUAAUCAGCUAGAAAUUAAGGAUACUCCGCAUAUGGGUAGAGGCCUGUUUUCUUUGAAAGAUUUUAAUGCUGGCGACUUGCUUAUCAAAGAUCUGGAACCUAUAUGUCUCAUACCCCCGAUGGAAAAAUUGACUUUGAUGCAAAAUGGGAAAGCGUGUUCCUUAUGCGGGCAAUCGAUCGCUAAUAUCAACUCACAUUUCAUAGUAAUUAAUGGGCUUGAUUGUAAUGACUGCCAAGCGGUUUGGUGCUCUAAGAAAUGCAAACUCAAAGAUAUCAUUCAUGCUCCCUUAACGCACAACAAGGGUAAAAACAAGUUGGUCAAUGGUGGGAACUGGCGGAAAUUUGAAAAGUUUUGCUCCGACAAUGUCUUCGUUGCAGCGUAUUCACUGGGAAUUAUGUUCAGCAAAUAUCUACUAACCAAAUCGAAGGAGGCGCAAACAAUCAAAAAGAAAUUCGACUCCCUUGCAUUUGUAUCACAAAGAACCAGAGCACAGUAUAGUGACUCUAGCAACAUUGGCGGUACGCUUGAUGCGUCGGAUGGGGUCAACACUACUGCUGAUCCGGAACCCAAAUGGAAAGAAGGUUACCAACUUUUUAUUGACACUUUUCCUUCUUUGAAAGAAGAGGUGGACUACGAAAGGUUCCUUGAAUAUAUUGGCAGGUUCAAUCUGAAUGCUAUUGCUGAGCAGUUAUAUUAUAUUCCGUCCUUCAUCAACCAUAAUUGCGAGCCAAAUGUCAGAUUUGAAAAGGAUUCUAGACUGCAUAUAAACUUCUACGCCCGAAAAGAUAUCAAAAAGGGUGAACAGAUCUUUAUGACAUAUUGUAAUCCGUUGCAUGAAGUAAAUCUACGAAGAAGAGAACUGAGAGUUAAUUAUGGGUUCUUGUGUUUCUGCGAUCGUUGCAGAAAGGAGGUGAAGACUAUCAAGAGGACAAAUAAGGCUGUUGCAGAGAAUAAACUCCAUGUGGUAGAAAGGCUUCCGGAUUCUCACAGAAGGAAAUCCUCUCUGCGUAGUAAAAGGCCAGAUUUGGAGGAGCUAAUGAGAAACGGCAAAGAAUUUGAAUUAGAAAUACCUGACGUGAUUGGAUCGGGCAAGCGUAGAACCUCUGUGAGGUUUGACACAACCGUUUCACUUGCUUUUGAGGAAUAA